CUCCGACUUGUGUUUUCAACUGUCAUUGUAGUAUUUUUCAUUAAUAAAUGUUAAAAAAAUACUAGAUAACGAAGUAAUGUUAUAAAUUUUAAUACUGUUAUUUGUUAGGAGUAAACCAAAUUUUUAUAUUUUGUAUUUGUAGGUUAGAAUAAGCGGCAAAAUGGAUAACACUCAAUUUCCAAUUCAAAAAAUGGAAGUAGCAGCUCGAAAUGUCGAUAAAUCUCUUGCUAUUGACAGUGCUACUCCAACUUUACUAGAUUUAAUGAAUAUACACCCUCCACAAACUGCAACUGCCAGUGGUUUAACAGACCACGACUACCCCGUCCUUAGCGGGGCUCCUCACGCUUUAAAUAACAUGAUACAAAUCAAAACUGCCAAUAAAGUACCACUGCCACCAGAAAUUUUGGAACAUUUUAAUCACAUACAAUGCCAUUGCAUGAUGGGGCUAUUUCCGGAAAUUAAACGAGCUUGGUUAACAGUCGACAGCGAUUUUUAUGUCUGGUCAUAUGAAGAUAACACAGAUUUGGCGUAUUUUGACGGUUUAAAUGAAACUAUUUUAAGUGUUGGUUUAGUUAAGCCAAAACCUGGCGUUUUUCACGCGUUUAUCAAACAUUUACUUGUAUUGACGACUGCAGUUGAUAUUGUGGUUUUGGGAGUCACGUUCACUGCGGGUCUUAAUGGGCCUUUUGAUGAAAUUCAGUUAAUACCUGACCCUGUUUUUACUGUACCAACUGAUGGCUCAACAAUUUCUGCCAUUACUGGCACUGCUUUAGGUCGACUCUUUUUGGGGAGCAAAGAAGGAUGUCUUUUUGAAAUUGUUUACCAAGCCGAAAGUGGGUGGUUUGGAAAAAGGUGUAAAAAAAUUAAUCAUUCAACUAGUGCUCUAUCUUUUCUUGUUCCUUCGUUUUUGAAUGCGUUAAGUGAAGAAGAUGGUAUUGUUCAAAUAUCUGUUGAUAACAGUAGACAUGUUUUAUAUGUCUUGACUGAAAAAGGUUCUAUUGAGGCUUAUGACUUGGGUAUAAAGGGUGAUUCCUUCAGUAGAAUAACAAAAAUAGCCCAAUCGACUCUUGUUAAUCAAGCUGUAAAUAUUGUAAAGACUUUGGAUAGUCAAAACUUCCGACCAAUUGUCAGUAUUUCUGCUGUGGAAGCGUCAGAAUCGCAUCAGAUUUAUUUAGUCGCAGUUACUCAAACUGGAGUACGGUUUUACUUGACCACACAUACCCUUGUUAACACUCCUCAAAACCAAAGACCCUACACUUUGUAUUUGUUACAUGUACGUUUACCUCCGGGAUAUUCGGCGAAUAUUACAAUAAGGCCUAGAGCUGUACACAUUGCACAUCAUAGUGACAGAAAUCUACUUCUUUUAUCAACAGUCAACGAAAAAGAUGUGCUUUGGUGUAUUAGCUCAGAUCUGUUUCCCUUCAGCCAAAAUUUGAUGGAAGCUUACACAACAAUAAGUUUAGACGGACCAGCGUUGGCUCUAGCUGAGGUUCAUCAAGAAAGCCCCCUUGCGGAUAUUACUCAAGAAGGGAUACCUUUAGUAGUGCGACAACACUCAGAACCACCGAAAAAAUAUGUCGUGCUAACAUCACAAGGAGUUUAUAUUUUUUCAAAAAUGCGUCCUGUUGAUAUUCUAAGACAGUUACUUGAGGAAAGUCAGGGUUUAGAUAAUGACAAUGUUAGAGCUUUUUUCAUGAUACAAAAAGAGGACCAGGCUUGUGCUACAAGUUUAAUAAUCGCAUCGUUGGAUGUUGAUGAAAAUCUAGAAUUAGCCGAAUAUGCAACUAGAACGUUUUUCUUGUAUGGGGGAGAGCCCAAACUGGGGGCCCUGGGGACGAUGAAUCAGACGAAUUUAUAUACAGGAGCUUCGCCGUUUUCACCAAAUGUGGUUUCAACUCCGGCCCCUCACCAUUUCCAACAAUCAAGUCCUCCCCAAGCCUCCAGUUUCACAUAUCACCCUACUUUUGAUGUCAACAACCCGUUUAUAUUUUCGGCGAAACAUAACGGCCUUUACUUGUACUUGGGCAGAAUUUUACGACCGAUCUGGAAUCGCAAAUGCAUAGAAAAGUUAUGUUUAGACGGCAAAAAUGUCUUGAAUGCCAGCACAAUUACUAGUGACCACUGUCGCUGGAUUUUAAACUAUCUAACUACUUUACAUAAUUUUCUACUAACAAACACUCAAUUAGCAGUUUGCGAGAACUCGAGCCAACAUUUAGACACGACUCUAAACAUUUCAAAAUUCAGUGCGACGAAUCGCUUGAAUCACACAAUUCAAGAUGCACAAGUUGAGGAGCGUUUAUCAUUAAACUCUCUCAAAUUGUUUGUUUGUCAUUGCUGCCAAGUAAUGGGGCUUUGGAGGAUUCUAUGCGAACAUCAAUUCCACGUCUUGAUCGGAUCUUUACCAGCUAAUCAUCAAACUAUCCUUCAAGAUACCACUUUUAAAGACUUGUUCUUGUAUGGACAAGACAUUUGUUCAUUGUUGAUCACUACUUUGGUUGAUAGUUAUUUGGGUGAUAAUGCUUCAGUCGAUUCUAUUAGUAGUAAAUUGAGAGAAGUUUGUCCACAUUUAUACAAAAUUGAAGAUGCGGCAUUUUCAAAAGCUAACGAAAUGCUGAAAUCGUCAAGAAGUAUACAGAAUGUUGACGAAAAGGAAGAAAUGGUCAUGAAUGCACUUGAGUUGUGCAAGUCUAUCGCUCCAAAUAUUAAUUUACCGGGGAUUUGUAAACAAUUUGUGACACUUAAAGCCUAUCAUGCCGUCAUUGAUUUAUGUAUUACUUGUGCCAAAAAGAUCGAUCCGGAUAAUAUAGCGCAACAUUUUUACAAAAACGAUUCGUCCGUUGCCGAUCAAGAAGGCCGAGAUUUUUAUCACAAAAGGUUAAAUAUUUAUAAAGAAGUCUUCAAUAUGUUGGAUACACUGUGCAACGAAAACACUCCAAAUUUGAGCAUUAGUGCCCCAUCAGGAAUGCCUCUGGAAAGUGACGCUCGCUUGUUGGUCAAUCAAUUAAUUAACGAUAUCCUGGAAUACCCAGAUGAAAUUUUACACGUAGCUUUGUAUGACUGGAUGAUGAAGAAACAAAUGAGCAGCGAAUUGAUUAAAGUCAAUAACGCGUCUCUGGAAACUUAUUUACUUCACACUUCGCAACAAAACCCCGAAAAUGUUGCUGUUGUCGACUUAUUGUGGAAAUAUUACGAAAAUAAUAACAAUCAUGCGGCUGCAGCAAAAAUUCUGGAUAGUCUUGCGUCAAAAACAGGGAAUUCAUUGAACUUGAAAGAACGUCUUGAAUAUUUAACACGUGCCAUAAUGUGUAUGAGAAGCGACAAGGUGGGCUAUGCUCCUUAUUUGGGGGUCUUCUUGCGUGAUCUUGAGGAUAAAAUGGAAGUUGCUAAAGUUCAAGAGCAAAUUUUGGACGCCGUGAUUGGUUUAAGGGAGUCCCAUCCUGCAGCUGAAGAUGCAAUUAGAGCUUUAAAUUCUGGAUUAUAUCAGAUUUCACAACUGUAUGAAAAUUUCGCUGAUCCGCUUGAGUUGUGGGAAUGUCAACUUGCCAUUAUCGACUGUGCCGGGUAUACAGACGAGAAUUUAAUUGAGAAAAUUUGGCGUAAUAUCUUGAGGAGGGAAAUCAGGAAAAGUACCGGUAAUCCAAAUAAUAGAAUGGCUCAAAUUUUGGCUAAAGUCAAACAUGUUGCACGUCAAAGUGGGACCUCAACCCAAUGUUUUCCUACAGCAUUUCUUGUUUCUGAACUAGAACAAUUAUCAACUUAUUUGAAAGCUGAUCGGUCACUGGUACCUAAAGCUUUUGUUGCGAUGGAAUUUCCACUUGAAAAUCUUCUUGAAAUUUACAACAGGCUUAUCUCAUCCAUAUCUGAGAUACAAAUUUGGCAAAAGGAAGAGAACGAGUUUCAUUUAUUUGAAGCUGCGGCUGCACUUAUUGAAACAUUCCUCAACAAUCAUGAAGCUUACAACAGCGUACAAAAGCGAAAAGUUAUUUCACAAUGUCAGGAUACAGUAGCCAGUCUUUUAUCAAUUUUGUAUAGCAAAGCUAACACCGAAGAACUAAUCAACAUGUUGAGGGGCAUUCAGAGUAAACUUUCAAGAUUGUAAAAAGAGAAGUUUGUGCCUAGAUUAUUGAAUACUAUGAUUGGAACUUUGGUCUUAUUUUAUAUUUUGAAUAAAGUAAAAAGAAAAACUUUUUGUAA